AUGUCACAUCUAUCCGAGCGUUCGACGCCCAUGUUCUUCCUUUCGGAGAAGAUCAGGCAAAUGGGCAUAAAGGUUGUGCUCUCCGGCGAAGGAGCUGAUGAGAUUUUUGGCGGAUAUUUGUACUUCCACAAUGCACCCAAUGAUGAUGAAUUCCAAAAAGAAACGAUUGAUCGUGUUCUACAUCUGUACACUGCUGACUGCCUCCGAGCUGAUAAGUCAACAAUGGCUCACUCUGUGGAAGUACGCGUUCCAUUCCUUGACAAGGCAUUCCUGGAAGCUACCAUGUUGACGGCACCAAAAUACAAACGCCCACAGGCGCUCAAUGGACGUAAUGUGGAGAAGUAUGUUCCUGAGAAAAGCCUUCGACGCAGACGUAAGUUUCGAACGUACCUUCCUCAUGAAAUCUUGUGGAGGCAAAAGGAACAGUUUUCUGAUGGAGUAGGUUACUCCUGGAUCGACGAGUUGAUGGCUUUCUGUGCUCGGCAAGUCACAGAUGAGGAGUUUUCCAAAGCAGAAGAACUUUUCCCAUAUAACACGCCUCAUAGUAAGGAGGCCUUCUAUAUGAGGAAACUAUUCCACGAGAUGUUCCCUAGCGAUAACGCGGCCAAGACAGUCAGGAGAUGGAUACCGAAAUGGCAAGCGAGCCAGGAUCCCUCAGGUCGUGCUUCUCUUGUACACGAUCAGUCCGUACAUAAGCGGGACAAAACGCAUGAACUAGUACGACAUAUUGAAUCUAGGCCACAUCAUGCAUGA